AUGGCAACACAGCCCGAAAACCCCUUCCUCCGCCUCCCAGCCGAACUACGCAACACAAUCUACGAACUGUACCUCGCGUCCUUCUCUGGCUACUACACUCCCGCCACCUCCAGCCCAUCAGACGCCGCUCUCCUCCGCCCCUUCGACAAUACCGCUUCAUCAUCAUACACCACCAACGACGGGCCCCUAGGCCCGACUUCGCUCCUCCUCGUCGCCCGGCAAGUCUACGACGACGCCUACACCGUCGCCCUGGACACCCUGACGUUCUACUUCGCCGGCGAGGACGCCAUCCUGGACUUCGUCGAGUUCCACCAGCGGCGGGAAACCGCCCGGUACAUCCAGCACGUCAUCUACGACUGCACCUCCCAGGCAAAAGGUAGUAUUAGUAUCACGGGGACCCACCGAUUCUUCCGCGGACUGCGGCGUGCCGCCACACUGCCCGAGCUGAGGACGCUGGAGGUGCGGUGCGAUCACACCAUGGCGACUCGUUUAUCUCCCUCGGAGCUCAUGAAGGCGCUGGAGGCCUAUCCCGCGAUCGAGAAGGUGGUCUUCAGGGACGUGGCCGCCGAGGUCAACCGGGCGCGGCAGCUGCGUUUUAUUACUGGCACGGACGCGAUUUCGCCCCCGGAGCUGGACGGGCUGGAGCGCGAUGAACAGCUCGUCUGGAUUGCCUCGGCGGGGUCUGGCAGGCUCAGCUUCCUCGGCCCGAUCGCGGAGAGGAUGCGGGUUCAUUUCUAUGACCAUUGGAGCACGCGGGUCGCGGGGAGGCUAAGGACUCUGAACGAAGCUGUAGCUGUCAGACUGCAGCAGGCCGUCGUCGCAAUCCAGACGGAGGAAGAAAAAGAAGAAGGCAGGUAUAACUUUGCCGAUGGUGGAGAUGGAGAUGUGGUGGUGAGGCAGACGGUGACGGCUCCCUCGCAGAUGUUCAUGACGGCGGAUUACAGCGAGUGGGACAACGAGGGGGUACCGCGGAAAGAUGCCAGGGGUAGGCGGAUCCCGCAGAAGAAGAUGUACGCUCUGUACAGGCAGCACGAGAGGCAGAAGGACUUGUAUGAUCGGUCGUUGGCGGAGUAG